AUGCAACAAGACAAGACGAUUUCUCACCAUGAUGACGAUUGCGUAGAUGAUAUGGGGGAGAGUCUCUCCCGUAUUGUCGCGCGCUCUGGAACAUCAAUCACCGAUCAUCUGCUCAGCAUACAAAAGCAUCAGUUCAAAGAACAUGAGUCGACCUCGUUUGUCAAAGAACUUGUUUGCUUCUCUCAUCAACCACAAUCCAGCUCUGAUUCACAAUGCAGAAAUGGCAACGGACAGACUCAUUACGGGCACCUGAGUCGGCGCAUUAUCGACGGUCGAACACAGCGAGACUAUGUGGCUCUCUCCUAUACUUGGAACCCGUCGGAAAGAGAAGGGAGCUCAAGUGGAGGCUACACAGUCGAGCAGGCCGAGAGCUCUCAGUCUCAGCAUCUUCCCUCACCUGUUCGUGACUGUGCCCUGACCCGUGCCAUUCGGUACAUGCAGCACACGAAGGUUGGGUACCUGUGGAUCGACCGGCACAGCGUUGAUCAAGAUGAUGAACAGAAGAAGCAAAGAGGAGUUCAGGCGAUGCAUCUCGUGUACUCCUACAGCAAUCAUCCGGUUGCACUUCUCGCACGAACUGUCUACUCCCACACCGAACUUGAACGUCUCUACAGGCUUCUCGCUGGCAAGAUCGUGAGAAGGGUUACGGCCCGAGUCGUGAAGCAACAGCGCAUUUCACUUAAACUCGCAAAAGGCAUCACACGUGUAGAGGCUCUCGAAACCAUCCGCCUGCUCUAUGAAAUGUCACGAGACGACUGGUGGACACGAGCAUGGACAUUCCAGGAAAACUAUCGCGCCGGUGUCAGGAUGACGUUGCUUAUCCCCCACAGCACCCUCUUGGAAAGCGAGAAAAGGCGCUUUGGGGUCUUUGGAGACUUGCCAGGCGAACUAUCUAUCAAGGCUGUUACCCUUUCAGACCACGCCACCCGGUUGUGUCAGGUGCUGAAAUCCGGGGCUGUCGGCGCGCUCUCCCAGGAGACGAAGACGAUGAUCAAGAACAUCCUCAAAACUAUGGGCAAGUAUACCCGGAUACUCGACCGGUCGCAACUGAUGACCCCAAAGAUCAUAUCCGAUAUUUCCAACAGGGGGAUCAAAGAUUCCUGGGACCGUCUAGCAAUCACGGCAAAUUGUUGCUGGUUCCCAACCCGGCUAGAUACCCUGGGACUUAAACACGAAGGCCACAGUCUCAGCUUGUCAGUUCUAGCUCUAUUCUUGCUGAACGGUGGAAUUCUAGACAAUGGAAUCAGGAACUCCCCGCAUGAGGCGUUGUAUUACACUACUCCUCAGUAUCUCAAGUUCCAAUCAUUCAAUCGCUUCCGCAGCCCAUACCAAGCACAUCCGCUCACUUUUAAUAAGAACUGCCGUUUCCACAAAGUGAGCCUUGUUGACGAAGGAAUCAAGACGAACGGUCACUUAUGGAAGCUUGGGAGGUUGAUUGACAGUUCAAUUCUCCACGACAUCCCAGUCGGGCCGGAAGCCAAGUCAUUUCGACUAAAUGAGGAGCAAAGGCAAAGUCUCCGCCAGUUAGAGUUGUUGUUGAAACAGGAAGGUAUGAGAACACUCGCGUUCAGUAUUGGCUGCUUGCUGGAGUUGGAUGGCAGUACGGUACAGGAAGAGGACUGGAAGCUAUUGCCAUUCAAGGAGCAGUAUCUAUUGCAAAUGGCCUUGGAACUAGCGUACGCAAUUAAAAAGGGAGGAAAACUGCGCGUCGGAGCGCUGUGGGACUCUCAUAACCCCUCGCCGUCUCCGAGUGAGCAGCGGGCUCUCUUUGUUUGGAACGAAGAUGCAGAUGGGUUAACAAAUUUGCAUGAUGAGGAUGCCAUCCCACCAGCCUUUGCGUUCACUUCCAUCGUUCCAGUGGGGACUGAAGACGGAGAGUAUCGCAAAGAUGUUAAUAGGCACGUUUCCCUCGAGGUGGAAAUGGAAGCUCUGGAUAAAUCCGAGGGCGACGCGUGUGUACCACGGCUGUAUAUCAAGAACUGGCUUCUUGGGGUGUGCUUUGUUGAGGAGGCCACACCAAGGGAUGUGAUUUUUCCAUGGCCCACGGAAUUCCAAUAG